GUUGAACUCAAGUGAAUCGGUCCUCUUGCUCUUCGUUUUUCCAUUCCUCCUCUCCAAGUCUUAUAAACAACCGAAUUGCCCCGCCGCACCUUCAUACAAUUAGACAAGUGCUCUUCGCCCCUCAUCACGAAAUCGACUACAGCUCCCCAUUGCUGCGAGAAACCUCAAUUGACCUCACCCUCGACUGAAAUACCAACCCGAACCCGCCGGCACACGACCGCUUUCUAUACCCCGACUCUCUACCGCCCACCGCUCCCUCUUCUCUACUAGAAGUCCCAGAUCCUAGAUACCAUGGCGCCGCUUACCCCCCACUGGCAGCAGCCCUCGCACCCGGCCAUCCAAGAGGUGCUCAUCAAUGAGGCCGAGUUCACCACCAAGAGCCUCUCGCGCGUCUCGCUCCCGCCAUUCGCCGUCUUCGCCCGCCUCGCCUGGCCCCCUUGCACCGCCGCCCAGGAGCCCACGUAUGCCACCGUCCAGACCGGCCGGAACACCCACCUCAACCUCAACAGCGACCUGCUGUACAUCAAUCACUCCUGCGAGCCCUCUCUCAUAUUUGACACGGGCAACAUGAAUGUCCUGGUCGGGCCCAAGGGCCUUUCCACCGGCGACGAGCUCACAUUCUUCUAUCCCUCCACAGAAUGGAACAUGGCCCAGCCCUUCGACUGCCUCUGCGGCGCCCCCACGUGCCGCGGCACCAUCAGCGGCGCCCGCGACAUGUCCCCCAAGCAGCUCGAGGGCAUCUGGCUUAACGGCCACAUCCGCGAGCUCCUCGACGAGCAGCAGCAGCAGCAGAUGAGCCGCCGCGAGCACCAGAGCGUCGUCGUCGUUGGCAGUGGCGGUGGUGGUGACGCCGACGCCGCCGCCGAUCCCACGACCCGCGCCCUGCGUGACGCCCUUGCCCAGGCCGAGAAGGUGGUCGUGGCCGCGCGCCUCGCCCUCCGCACGUACGUCGAGGCCGCAGGCGGUGCGGCAGCCAACGGUGGCUCCAACGGUCACUAUGGCGCUGCGCUCAACGGCGGCGGCAUGUCCAAGGCAGCUAAGCUGAACCACCGCGGCCCGACGUCGAGGGAGCUCAGCGGCGAGAUGAGCGGCGAUACCGCUGUCGCCUAAAGAAAACCGCCACAUGGGGGAGAGCGGUUCUGCACGAGGGACUUCAACUGCUCUUGUGUGGAACAUCGGGGGCCGGCCCACUCAUUGAUUAUCGUUCGUUGCGGUCGGGCAUUCAACAUGCUCCAGUUCAGGAGCCGCUUCCUAUUUUAUCAUGACCCGUCGAGGGUCACGUUAGAGAUAAAUAUACACAUAUCUAGCCAGGACACGGUGAUCGCUG